AUGCGCAAACUCGACCAUCCCAACAUCGUCCGCCUUCUUGAGUUCUCUGAAGCCAAGCAGUACUACUACAUUGUGCUCGAACUGGCCCCUGGUGGCGAGCUUUUCCACCAGAUCGUAAAGCUUACCUACUUCAGCGAGGAACUGUCUCGCCACGUCAUUGUCCAGGUUGCCAAGGCCCUGGAAUACCUGCAUGAAGAGCAGGGUGUUGUCCAUCGAGAUAUCAAACCCGAGAACAUCCUCUUUUACCCAGUACCCUUUGUCCCCGCCAAGCAUCCUAAGCCGAGGCAGGCGGGCGACGAGGACAAGGUCGACGAGGGUGAAUUCGUUCCUGGCCAGGGCGCGGGCGGCAUUGGCCAGAUCAAGAUUGCCGAUUUCGGCCUCUCAAAAGUCAUUUGGGAGACGAACACCACAACACCUUGCGGCACCGUUGGAUACACUGCCCCGGAAAUUGUCAAGGAUGAGAUGUACUCCAAGUCCGUUGACAUGUGGGCCCUCGGCUGCGUCCUCUACACCCUGUUGUGCGGUUUUCCACCCUUCUACGACGAGAGCAUCGAAGUUCUUACGGAGAAAGUGGCCAAGGGCCAGUUCACGUUUUUGUCACCUUGGUGGGAUGACAUUUCCAAGUCUGCACAGGACCUGAUCAGCCACCUCCUCGACGUCAACCCGGAACGCCGCUACACCAUCGUGGAAUUCAUGAAACACCCUUGGAUUCGCGGCUCUGGUCCGACGCCCCGCGACGAGAAGGCCGUCGGUGCGGACGGUACUGCGGCCAAGGCUUUCGACAUGUCCCGGGUUGUCGACGGCGAUCGCCGCGGCGAUUUCCGCUCCCCCGGUGCCGUCAACCUGCGCGAGGUCUUUGAUGUCGGGUAUGCUGUCCACCGCCAAGAGGAGGAGGACAAGCGCCGCAAGAACAUCGGCGCCCGCACCCCCGGUGUUGCGCGCAUGGUGGAGCUGACCGAGGCCGACGAGGAGUCAUCGUCCGCGGCGUCGACUGCAAACCUGUCCAACUCGUCUGGCUCUACCAAGGAGGGCAGCAGCGGUGGCAACAGCGGUGUCAGUGACCAAAACUACGCCCACUACAGCAGCAAGAUGGCGGCGGCGCACGCCAACAACGGCAACGCCGGCACCCAAGACCUCGAACAUGGUAUGCGUAAUGCGAACAUUGGCGGCGACCAACCCGAACAGAGGCGCGGCCGCGAGCGGGAACGUCAGCAGCCGGCGGCUGCCACAAACGAGCGCGGCUACGGCCAGCACUCGGCCACCGUGGCCGCCGCCGCCCGCCAGCAAGUGCGCGACCACAACCGGCAAAAGGGCGCUUUCGAACUGAACCUUGACGGCGCGACGCUGCUUGGCCGCCGCGGCGCGAAGCCGGCUGCACCCGUUGCAUAG